AUGAAACGUGACAUUGGACAAUGCAAAAGCCUAUUGUGUUGUAAUCGGGAAGAGUUGCGCCGUCUUUGGCUAGAAUUGGUUGAACAGCGACGUUCAAUUGAGCUUAUUGAAGUGCUCGAUCGUGUUAGAGCAGCACCUGAGGUUUUGAAAAAUCUUAUCACUGCUAAGGCAUGGCCAGAAGCCACAGAAUACUUGCUCAAAAUAACUGAUGUUAUUGCCAAGGAAGUGGACCAUGUGCCAGCCUUAGACACAAUUAAGGCUGAACUUGCUACUAGAAAAAAGACACUGGUUGAAGAAAUGCGAAAAACCUUAUUUUUCCUCGUAUUCAAUCAGCCCGUCGCUUUAGUAAUUGGUGACAAAAGUCUUCGUUGCGGUUUACCUACUAGAAAUCCAAAAUCUGAAUUGUCUGACCAGUUAUCCGAGUUUUAUUCAUCCGAUGGGAGAAAUCAUGCAGCUGAUGAUGUCAUGGCGCUUAACAAUCUUCCACUUUCCGACUGGCGCUCCCUUUCAUCCGAUCCGCCUGAGGUUGAUUCGAGCCUCUUCAAAGAUCCCCAGGCGGUCGCUGCGGGCCUUCUGACCAAGCGCCUGGCCAGCGGAGCCCUUGCAUCGUCAAGGGAGCCCAAGAGCAAGGUGGUGCACCACUCUUACGGCUAUGUGGACUCGACUCGCGAAACCGCAGAUCGCAUGAUCACUGACAAGAGGCAGUGGGCAGAAGCCAUCGUUGCAUUGACCCACUGUCUGCAUCGGCUGCAGAAACUUUCACAGGCUUUCUCUUCUUGGCGUGUGAAAGCUCACAGUGGUGAUGUCGUUGGAGAUUUAUCAGGUCUGCCGUCUCAAAAAGUGGGCCGAAACAGUCACGAAGUUUUCGCGCCUGCUCGGGGUUUAGUUGAAGCCAUUCACAAUUCGAUCACACUUCCUGCAAUUGCCGAAAUUGAAUGCACUCUGUCAGCACAAGGAGAAUUUUCUUCCCUGUCGAGUUUGCCUGAUUCAACAUAUUUGGCUGAAUUGUUGCAAAUUCUGUUUCCCUCUCUCUGCAUGCACUUCAAUGCCUUCAUGUUGGUCUUACGCACAAUCAAAAAAAUCAAGGAGCAAAAUCCUGGCGUCUCCUUCGACUUUUUGGAUGUUCUUUCUGAAGAGCACAUCUGGGGUUACAUCCAAUCAGAAAUCGAGACUACUGGAACCAGGUCACCACUUGCUGAGAAUCUGAAUUUCGUAGUAAUAUUGGCCUCAAUUGGGCCUGUCUACGACCGAAAAUGCCCCGAGGUUCAAACAGUCCUUUCUACUCACUUAUCAAACCAAAAAACAGCGCCUGAUUCCUCAUAUCAGACAUCAGACGCCCGGCAAAACGCUGCUUCAGCUGCAGUGGCUGUCACUGCCAAUUUCAGUGCAAGCAAGCUGGACCUGAAUGUCUUAAUGGGCAAGCGAAAGGGAACCAUACCUGCAUUCCUUUCGGGUGCAACCAGUGAUUCUGGCGGAUCAUCCAAUUCCCAAGGAGGUGUCACGUCUGAAAAUACUUCGACAGCCUUCAACAGUGGCGAACUUGGUGCGGGUUCAUUUUUCAGCUUUUCGAAAACGGCACAUAACCUGAGUGUGAAUAGCUAUCUCCGGGAGAAUCGCAUAAACAUGCCACUCGAUCUUUCCUCAGCGGACUCGAUUGAAAGCAAAUCAAUAAACACCGACGGUGCUAUUAGUGCACAAGCGGAUGUAUCUAGAAGCUAUCCACUUGUAUGUCUUCCCUCUGCUGACAACGUAAAGAGUAUCUACUCUAUGGUGCUCACUUUUGCUCGUGUCAUUGAAAUGCAGCCGAUUUCGGUCAAUAGCGUUUUCCAGCGGGCCCUGAGUAACGAGGAGGCGGAGGCGACCACAACCAGUAGUCGAAACCCUCCACCGCUUCCACCGCCUAGGGCGGGUAGAGGCGGCACUGGGUCUAUUUCCAUCACUCAAGGCCUCAAAGGCGCCUUCAUGGCAAUGGGCGCUCAGAAAAUGAUUCCAAAAAAACUCACGCUGCGCUGCCAGCUCAGAACUUUCUUACUAAAUUUCAUCGAACGCCUUUAUCUGCCGGAGGCUGAAGUAGAACUUCGGAGGCCUCUUGUUCUCGCCGUAUCCAGUCCGGAUGCCUUGACAGCCAUUGUUUCCCAGCAGACACAACGAGAGCUCGGUCUUCAGCGUCCCAUUCUCUUGGUUGCUUAUUUAACAAACCAAGCCUUGGGUGAGACCAAUGGCAUGGCCAUUGCUCUUCCCGACUAUGCCACCAACUGCUCUAAAAUAGGCCUGGCUCUUCUUGAAACCUUUCUCAACUGGUCGUCAUCUGCUUACCGUAGCAUUAGUACCUCUGGAGCUACUGGAUUAACCAUUCCAAGUGCUGAUUGGGCACGAGACAAAGAUGUCAGCAGAUUUUGGACAAAAUUUCCAGUUUGGCAACGAAUGGUGGCAGCUGACGCCUUCGUAACUGCCAGCACUGCCCACUCCGUGGGUAACCCUCACGAUCCUCAGCCGGGUGCGGUGGAUCGAAAAAACUCCACUGUUUCUGGUGAGCUGCACCAGUCCUCCGCCGCGGGCUCGGGUCUUAGCUCCGCCGCGGCCAUCGUCCUCGGUCUAUCGAAUCUCGGUCUCAACGGGCGCAGUGAGCCAGUGUUUGCUGGUGGACCCAGCCUCCAGGCGAUCCCAUUCGCUAACUCCUUUGGACUCAACGGCGUUGCCGAGGACGGCAUUGCUCCGGGCACCAGUGAUGGCGCCCAAAAUGGCGACCUUCCAAAGCACGCUGACAUGCUACUUCACGAACGAGAGGCGACUCGCCUAGCGGUAAAGGAGAUGGACCAAUUGCUUCAAAUGAUUCGAGACGAGAUUGGCUCGUCCUCCGAGCUCUGCCUGCCUACUGCCAAUAUGCAAACCGUCAAAGCCAUGGGGCGUCUACGGGAGUCAGUUCAUUGGCUGGAGCGUUGUGUGCAAACCUGGUUCACUUGGUUAGAGGGCAGUGUGCCCGGUCUCGACAUGGCCCCCUUCGCUGCAGCAGCCGAGGAGCUGACCUCCCUCUCCAACGCCUGCAUACUGACCAUCUAUCUGGACGUUCGCAUCCAGGCCUACAAUUUUUUUGGUAACCUGCCGCGCACUUCCAACUUCUGGUGCCCUGUGGACGAAGUCGACGUUGACCCCGAGGUGACCCGCUAUCUUGUUUACUUGGAUCAGCUGCAGGAGGUUCUGUUUCAUUCUUUUUGCCCUCAUGAACUACGGUUCAUUUUUGACGGUCUUGGCGACUUCAUAUCACAAAUAUUUCUUCGCCUCAUUCCAAACAUUACUCGAAUGAACGCGAAUGGCAACCGCAAAAUGUGUCGAAAUAUCUACAAGCUGCAGCAAGUUUUGGCUUUGCUGACGGAAAAUCAUGAAUCGGAUUUAAUUCGAGUCAAGCAACUCUACGAAUUGUUCUACCUGACCCCUGAAGCCGUGGUGAAUCGAAUAAUCGAGCAGGGAAUCGCCUUUGAAGUUGCCGUCUACCAGAACUUGCUGAAACUUUACCAGCGAAGCCACCCCUCGUACGACCAUAUCAAGACCGAUGAAAGCAUUGCCAAACUAACCCAGAUCAUUCGAACAUGA